CACGCGAGCGUCCGUCCCUUCCCGCCACCGUUCUCCCUUACUUUAUAGAUGGUACCAACUCGUGAGUCGCCAUGAUACAAUCUACCACUGAGCGCCAGUCUGUGCCCCAGGCUUCUACCCUAUACAACGCUCAAAACUCAAAUUUACCAAGAUCAAACUCUGGAAAUUUUCAAAAUCGAGUUGAAUCAUCUUGUCCUUGAACGACGAAUUGCGAUUGUUACUGCCAAUACUUAGGUUCACGCUGGAAACUGUAUCGCUAGUUUUAAUGUUCCGUCUCAGUAAUGUCUUCUUCCAUUCCAUCAUCAAGGUUUGACCGGGAGGGAUUAGGACCUCACUGUGGCUCCAUUUCGCCUGUCAUGGAAUGGCGAACCGGACACAACCGUUCGAAUCUUCUUUCGCGAUGCGCGACGGGCCAUUGAUGAUCAAGGACAUCAUCCGGUCCAACUGGCAGAGCCCGCACUUUGCAUUCUUAUCGGCCUGUCACACUACCGUGGGCGAUGAGGAGAGUCCCGAUGAGUUUAUCCAUCUUGCUGCGGCCAUGCAAUUCUGCGGAUUUCGCAGUGUGAUUGGUUCUAUGUGGUCUGUUGAGGAUGAGGUGCUUGCCAGGUUGCGUCUGCUUUUUACCGCAACCUCGUUGAUGAUUCAGGGAGACUGGACUGUACGCGCGCUGCGGUAGCGCUGCACGAGGCCUUGAAAUCUUUGCGCAAGAAGAAGAUUCCAUUAGAACAGCAGAUUGUAUUCGUCCACAUAGGUGUGUAGUUAAAUAAUCGAUUCGCUAUAUUAUUCCAUCUGCUAUAUCUCUAGUUGUUUUCAUUCCAUCGCUUUCUUAUUUCUGCAUGAUCCUUUGUUAUUCUGUACUGUACUAGAAUCAUACACAGCGUCUCGUUGAAUCAAUCUGAUUUACUUCUGCA